AUGACCACGACGUUUUCCAGGUUUCGAGAUCGCACGCAGCGAUACCCUUGGUUCCUGGUUGUAGGCCUGACCAUCCUACUACCCGUUAUUUGUCUCUUAGUCGAUCCGUCGACCACAAUAACAACCCUUCCCCGCCUCAGAUUCACAUCUGCACAUCAUUCUCUGCCAGGCGUAAGCAGCAACACCUCGAGGAACGAUUCGGAGAUACUAUUCAGCUUGUUUUCUCCAGUGUGCAAUACUGUUGAUAUACCGAAUUCGAUUGCAGAACACAGUUUCUCGAGAACAGCGCUCCACGCUUAUUACUCCAUCGUUGACGCCUUCGGAAAAUACAAGAUUUGCGUGCGAUACGCGGAGCUCGAUAUCCAUCAUAUCCGAAUUCUACUUGUAGUAGCUGGAUCAAAGCUGCAAACAGUCUUCCUUCUUCUGCUUGGAAAGUUUCCGCACUCUCGGAAAGCUCAAUAUUGGAUAUUUACCUUCGAGUUCUUGCUUUUGGUCUUUGUCGUUGGCUUCGCGCAUUGGGACAUUGGUGUUCAAGAGUUGGGCGUCGCUACGCUAGUCAUGGUAUCAUUUGACAUGUUCCAGCACGCCCUGGACGCUAGAAGCGCCAACGAGUCAGACCAUAGACUUCGCGCAUCGUCGGCUGCUGAAACUCUCGUGCAGCUCAGCUGCGCUGCGUCGCCCCUUUCGGGCGAAUCGAAGCCUGCCACAGUGCCUUCCCAGGACACUAGCUCCCCGACACUUCCAAAUUCGGCAUCAGAAAUCCCAAACGUUAAACCAGUCGCCACAGGAGCAAAUGAGGGAAUCGUGCGACUUCAGACCGCUCUAAUUGAGCUAAAAACAGCGAACAAGGCCAAAGAGCUCCUGUUACGGAGGACCCGAGAAGAGCUUAAAACGGCACGCGAGACACUGAACGGAACCUUUGGUGAGUAUUGUAGUCUGCGUGAUGAAAUGAAGAAUAUCAAACAGACCAUGGCCAGAGAUCAUCAAGCCAUUGUUUACCGAAAGGACAUCGAGCUUUUUGCAUUGCGAAAAGGCAACGAGCAAAAGGAGAAGCACAUCAAGGAACACGACGCAAAGCUCGAGGAGAUCCAUCAAGAACAGAAGGCUACGGUGGAACUGAAGGACUCGCAACUAAAGCUGCUCAAGGAGCGUCUAGCCUUCUUGGAACGUCAAGCUGACCCAAAGUUUGGUGAAGACCAGAAUGAUGAGGGCGACCACGCACUGAAAGUUCGCCUGCUCCGAGUCAAGACCGACAACAAUAAAACAGUUUUCGAGUCACCCAGCGUCGAUGAAAAGAAAGACGCGACUAUUGUCAGCUUACGCGAGCAACUGGCUGUGACGAGGAAAGCAGCGGAUGAAGUCGUCAACCAGCAAGCCGAACUUGCAAGAGCAUGGGACGUUGUGAAGAAUGUGCAGGCAUCGCUGAAAGAGGAGCGAAAGCUUCACGAACAAACGCGAGAGAAGCUGCAAGAGCUGAAUGUUAAGUACGAAGAACAGCAGCGUCGUAGCUCAUCGCCUACUGGACGACUACCAACCAUCGAAGAAGAUAAAGAUGAGCUGGAAGCUAUGUUCGAUUCGACACAGCAAGACAAUCUUCGACUGUAUGCAGAGCUACAGGCAUUAGAGCAAAGACUUCGCGAUGCGAACAGCCGAAUGUUCAACGCCGAGCAAGAAGCGACUGUGCUUCGAGAGCAAAUACAGACAGAGAAAGCUGUCAGCGAAGACUUGGGCACUGCUCGUCCAAGCGUGGUGCAUCAUGUGCACUUCCAAAGAAUGGAAGGUGAACUCAAAGAGAGUCGUGAUACACUUGCAGCCAAAGCGGACGAGAUCAAGGAUCUCAAGGCAAUCAUCGCGGGAAAGAACGACUACGUCAAGGAUCUCCAAGCCGAAGUCGAUGCUGCCGUCAGCUUCCACACUCAGGACCAGGACGAGAUCGAGCGCCUGAAGCAAAAUCUGGCUGAGCUACAAGCCACUAAAGAGCACUUAAUGCGCGACCACGAGCGCGCCGCGAUUCAACGCCCGCGUAUCCGCGUCGCAUCAGCAGAGCACAAUUCCGCGCGAUCAAGCGGCGUAACACUCAUCCAGGAAGCAAGCCCUCCGCUACCAAAGACCUCAUCUGAAGUCCCAGCAGUUGAAGCGCUCCCAUCCAUCCCCAUCUUCAACGACGCCACCCGCAAUGGCAGCAUUCAAACAACGCCAAAGAGACACCUCAGAAGCGAAAGCACGCCCAACCGCUGGCAUUUAAUGUCCAACGCUGCACCACCUCCCGAACUCCGCGGCGCCCGAAGACGCAGCCUCGGAUUGAAGGACUUCAUGAAGAGAAUGGUUAAGAAGGAUGAAAAAGAGAAUGCGGACCCAGAGGCGGAGCAAACUAAGGAACAAGAUGCGAUAGAAGCGCCGAAACAACGACCCGCACUUGCAUCCAGGAACUUCAACGCAUCCGUUCGACCACAGACCGCAGCGCCAACCGGUCUAAAGACCAUGGCCGACCCAUUCGUCGACGUCCCAUCCGUCCCAGUGCCAAAUGGCUUCCGAACAGCGAAUGUCCGCGUCAGUACCCCGCCGAGGUACUACCCUGCGCAAGAAGCAAAAGAAGAACCGCGUCCGCAGACCGCUGCGGAGAGUAAAGAUGAUCUGACUACCAGGUCGGUCAAGCGACGGAGUUGGGGGGCUGCUGCAAACAAACUGAAGCGGAGAUCACUUUAUUAG